UAAUAAAUGAUAGAGGAUACAAUGACUUUGCUGUCUCUGCUGGGUCGGAUCAUGCGUUACUUCUUGCUCAGACCGGAGACCUUGUUCUUGCUGUGCAUCAGCCUGGCCCUGUGGAGUUAUUUCUUCCACACGGAUGAGGUGAAAACCAUUGUCAAGUCCAGCAGGGAUGCGGUGAAGAUGGUGAAGGGCAAGGUGGCCGAGAUCAUGCAGAACGACAGGCUCGGGGGUCUGGACGUGCUGGACGCGGAGUUCUCCAAGACGUGGGAGUUCAAGAGCCACAACGUGGCUGUCUACUCCAUCCAAGGCCGGAGGGACCACAUGGAGGACAGGUUCGAAGUGAUCACCGACCUGGUGAACAAGACUCACCCCUCCAUCUUCGGGAUAUUUGAUGGGCACGGAGGAGAGUCGGCAGCCGAGUACGUCAAGUCGCGGCUGCCCGAGGUGCUGAAGCAGCACCUGCAGGACUACGAGCGGGACAAGGAGAACAGCGUGCUGUCCUACCAGAGCAUCCUGGAGCAGCAGAUCCUCUCCAUCGACAGGGAGAUGCUGGAGAAGCUCACCGUGUCCUACGACGAGGCAGGCACCACGUGUCUGAUUGCCCUGCUGUCCGACAAGGAGCUGACCGUGGCCAACGUGGGCGACUCGCGGGGCGUGCUGUGCGACAAGGACGGCAACGCCAUCCCCCUGUCCCACGACCACAAACCCUACCAGCUGAAGGAGAGGAAGAGGAUUAAGAGAGCUGGGGGAUUCAUCAGCUUCAACGGCUCGUGGCGCGUGCAGGGCAUCCUGGCCAUGUCGCGCUCGCUGGGCGAUUACCCCCUGAAGAACCUGAACGUGGUGAUCCCCGAUCCCGACAUCCUGAGCUUUGACCUGGACAAACUGCAGCCAGAGUUCAUGAUCCUGGCCUCAGACGGGCUGUGGGACGCCUUCAGCAACGAGGAGGCCGUGAGGUUCAUCAAGGAGCGCCUGGACGAGCCGCACUUCGGCGCCAAGAGCAUCGUGCUGCAGUCCUUCUACAGGGGCUGCCCCGACAACAUCACGGUCAUGGUGGUGAAGUUCAGGAAUAGCAGCAAAGCAGAGGAGCAGCAGUGAGGAGCCCUCAGGCCCAUCAGGACUCAGAACAGGUUUGCUGUAGUUGGAAGCUCUAGAAACGCCGCCGGGCUCCGCGGGAGGAGCGGAUCUCUCUGCCUCUGUUCUCGGCUUGACAAAGGAGCAAUACCACAAAUCCAUGCUGAGCCACCACAGGAAUCCAGACUGUCCCCGUGUCCCUGCCUCCUGUGCCCUGCUGCUCCUUAGGAAGCCACUGGAAGCUGCCAUUUCUCACUUUUCUUUACCAGUCCUGUGUAGAUUUUUGGUUUGGUUCCUCCCCUCUCAGGGGCACGGCAGGGUCAGGGCAGUGCUGCUGCUUUUCCCUCGUGGGUGUCACUGCUCACAAGCUGCUCUCACCUUCCUCAUCUCCAAGCUGCAGUGAGAGGGGUGGACAGGAGGAGGGUUUGUGAUGUGGAGGAGGAGGAGGAGGCAGCUCUCAGCCUGCUGCCACUGCUGGCUCUCGCUUUGUUUGACCUCUCCCAGAAUAAACCCUGCUGAGCAUGUGAGUAGGUAGAGCUCCUGGAUCACCACGUUUAUUCAGGCUGUGCAUUGCUCUAGAACAGUUCUUCUAGGCCAUAUUGUGUCCAAACCAAGCAAUGGUGAACUUCAGCAAAAUCCUGGGAGUCCUGAACCUCCUGGAUGGGAACAGAGCUCAGCUGGGAUAGCAGAAUGUCUGUGCUUCACCAGGAAUCACCCUGACCUUACUUCUGUGGCAAAGUGAUGGGAGAGGAAAUGAAUUUCACUGGUGACUGUUGGGAGCCUCAUCCAGGCAUUCCUCAGAGCUGCCAGCUGGAAGCCAAGGCUGAGAAAGGCUUCCCUGUCCCCCUGCAGAUGGAUUUGUGGUGUUAAUCCCAGGGCAGACCCCUCUGGAACCUUUUGGGGUGACAUGCAAAUGCCAGGCAGCAUCAAUGCACUGUAGAGAUGAAAGCUUGUGUUAAAUCUAGAUUUUAAAAGUAUGUUUAGAUCUAACUUUCAGUAUUUAAUUGUGUUUUGGGAUCUGUGACUGCUGUAAGUUGGAAUGAGGACAGUUUGAGUUUGCUGCACCUCUGGUAGCAGCAGAGGGACAGGGCAGGCAGGAUUUUGGAUGGAAUUUGGAUAUCCCCAUCCUGCCUGACAAAAGUCCUUGGGGUCUCCCCCAGAACGUGGUCCUGGACAAUCUGCUCAAGCCUUCAGGGUGCUGGGACUGCCUGUGUUUGGGUCUGGAGGUGGAUCAGGGAUGUGAUGGCACUGCCAGUUCCUUGGGAAAGUCCAAUAUUCCUGAUUUCCCAGCUGCCUGGCACCCACAGCUCACCUGCAGGGUUUGGGGGAGGCUGAGCUGUGCUGGGGAGGGGCUGAGGCAAAAAUCAAAGAGCACAAAUUUCUGCUCGAGAAGGAAUCCCCAUCUUUGUCUUUCCAGUUUUGUCCCCAGGUCACCUCUCCCCCAACAAAGGGGGAUAAUUUGUCCCUUAAACAAUUUGUCUGGGGAUAAUCUCAGCCCUUAACUGGCUCUGGUGGCAUUUCCAGUGCUGUGCAAAAUGUGUUUGGAUCCCUCUGCUCAUCCUGAACUCCCUGAGAAGUGUCCAGCAGCCUCUGGAGCAGCAGGCUCAGCCUGCCCUGCUCCUUUCCAGAGGAUUGGAAUUCCUGAUGUUUUCCAUGCCCUGCACAUCCUGUGGCUCUGGGGGUGAUGAUCCCAUGGGAAUGCUGGAUCCUGGGCUGGGAAUGGCACAGCAGCAGUGCUGCAGCAGCUCCAGGCAGGGCUCAGGGUGUGGAGUUUGCCUUCCCUGCAGACAUUCCCAUUGUGCCUUUGCCCUGGGAAAGGGGGAACUGCAGCCAGCAGCCCUAAAGGAGAGGGAUCCUUGUGUCCAGAGGGAUCCCACUAACCCAGGAUGGUCAUUCCCAGGAUGGGUAACAGCACUGGCAUGGGAGCUGCUGGCUGCACCCCAAGGUCAGAGAGCAUUCCUGAGGGAUCCAUCACCUCUGGAGCACAGCUGGCUGCCCUGGGACAGCCAGGGCAAGGAGCUGGCAGGAAUUCCCAGCCAGGGCAAGGAGCUGGCAGGAAUUCCCAGCCAGGAGGAGCAGGGGAGAGCAGCUCCCAGGACUGAGGCAGACCCAGCAGGGCAGGGGGGUUUGCAGGUUUGCCUGGACCUUUCCAGGAUCAUUCCUGUCCCACCAGCCCUGUGUCACUCCUGCUGCAGCUGCAGCAACAACAGGUUCAGCACCUUCCCCUUCCUGUGCCCCCUCCCUGGCCAAAGCCAUCCCUGCCAAUGAUCUCUGCUCAGCCUGGGCAUUUUUGCUUUAAUUACUUUUUAAAAAAGGAGCUUCAGCUGCUUCAGGUGUGAAGAGGAGGGACUGAUGGAGGUGAGAGGCUUUGUGUGCUCUCCACAUCCACGUGCAGUACCUACCUGUGCUCCCAGCUGGAAGUUUGGAAGUUUUUCCUCCAAAUCAAAGCAUUCCCAACUUUCCAGUCGUGCUGAUUUGUGCCAAACUCUGGGGUGACACAGCUGGAGGCUGCCAGGAUGAAUUCCUUGUACAUGUUGCUUAUGCAAGCUGCCCAGCCCAGGGUUCUCCCACUGCCUUAACACUCCAUCCUCCAUCUGGGAAGGGAUCAGGUGCUGUGGGCAGGAAUGUCCUGCUGGCUGUGGCACAGUUAAACCAUUUAACCAGAAAACCAUAAACCAGAGGUGAAAUUAAAAAUAUCCAAUCCAGAAGUCAGAAUUCAAGUGCUGCUUGAGCAGUGCUGGCUGCAGAAACAAAAAUGCCACAGCCUAAAAAAAAAAAAAAAGGGAAUUUUGUGUCUACAGGACAGCCCUGCUUUAAAUAAUACAGAUUUAAUGCUAAUGUAGCUGAUAGUUGUUUUACACAGAGAAGCAUUUAGUCAGUGAUUAUACCAGAAAAAACAAACACCUCACCAGCUUUUCAUCUCCCAAAGCAGGAUUUUAGGCCUCUGGACAAAAUCCCAAGUGAGAAUGUUCUGCUGGAAUUUGGCCACUGCAGAGCUCAGAGCUGCUGCCCCUGGUGCCCAAUAUAUUUAUAAAUAGCAUUUCUAAAACUCACAGAGAUCUGUACAGUUAAUAAUGAGCUGGAGUUACUUUUGUUUUUACAGUGCUUGGGGGAGCAGGUGGAUAAAUAUGGAUUUUCCUGAGGUAAUUUAGAAAUUCCAGGGAUCAGCUCUGGAGGAUAAUUUGGGUGCUCUGGAAAGCAAAAGCUGGUGGGUGCAGCUGGAACCACCAGCAGAGGUUUGAGGGCAAUUCUUGGGGGGGAAAAAAUGGAUUUCAUGGAUUUGGGCAGCUCCUGUGUCUGCUCUGCUCAGUCCCAGGGAAGUUUGAACAAAGAGGUUUUUAAGGUCCCUUCCAACCCAAACCAGUCUGGGAUUCUGGGCAUUAUCUGAGCAGCAGGGAACUAAAGCAGAUUUUUUUUCCAAGCAUAUUUAAUGGCCAGCCCUGCAUUUUUUGAAGCCUGUGGAGCUCAUGGGCUCAGGCAGCCUCUCCAUUUCCCAGCCUGCUCUGACACCAAUCAUCCAAAAACUGAGGCAAAAUUUAGGGAAAUAUCCCAAACAUCCUGGGAAUGCUGCCCCCACACCUCCUGUAGGAUUUCUUGGAAUUUGUUUGUUCCAGGAUGCACACGAAGCUUUGCAGCAUUUUAACUCCUCUGAAAUAAUAAUAAAUCCAGAUUGGGAAUUUCACCAUUUUGCUCCCUACCUAGCAGCAACUUCUAAAAAUCUUUGCCCAAAUUAUUAUUAUUAUUAUUAUUAUUAUUAUUAUUAUUAUUAUUAGGCUCUUCAGGUCAGGAAACCCCACAGUUUUCCUAUCCAAAUAACAAAUAUUUGGAAUACAGAUUAAAUAUUAAAUACUGAUUUCAUACAGCUGAAUGAGAAAAAAAAGACAAACAAAACUUAGGAUUUGGAAACCCUUUAUCCUGUGUUUUACACUUUGUUUUUAGCACAAUAUUCUAGGCAGAUGCAAUAAAAUUUUGGCCUUCCCUACUUCAUGCCCAGAUUAUUUCAUACUUUUAAGGUUUUUCACCUUUUGCCAGGCUGCUCACACUAAAAACUUCCCUAAGAAGGGCUUGGGGCAGGAACAGGAGCUCAGUUAGGAAUUUUACAGCCUUUUAAGCAAUAAUAAAGUCAGAAUCAAAUAAAAGCCAGAUUGGAAAUUAGUAUUUUUUUUUUAGGAAAACCAGGAGCAGGAUGGAUGUUUUUCCAAUGCUGCUGGCACUGUAAAUGACAAUUAAUUUCAGGUGGCACAAAGAGAUCACUGUGUAUAAACCUAACCUGUGAGCAGUGUCAGCAUUUGGGGCAGAAAAACCCCAAAUUCCUGCAGGUGACAGGAGAAUUUCUGGCCAUCCUCUCAUUAUUCCUCCCUCACCACGAGCACUCUCUGCUUGAUCCAUUUUCUGAAGGCAGCAGAGUCAUAAUUCCUUUUUUUUUUAUUUUUUUUUUUUUUUUUUUGAAAAAGCAAUACAAGCUGUGCUGUAGUAUCAGUGUUCUUGUGGUAAAUAAUUUAUUUCCAAGCAUUUCACAUGGCAGGCUUAGAGAAAAAAGGAGUUUGGAGUUUAAGAGGUGACAACAAUCAGAGAACAAGGCAGUUCUCCCAGGACCUGCUCAGAGAACAGCCAAACCCCAGCUCCCAACCCACAGCACAGCUGGAAUUUCACCUGGAUUUAGGAACACAAGAGCAUCAUUCCCUCAUUAUGCAAUACUGUAUUCCCCCCCUCCAACAAAACAAAACAGAAAAAAACUUUAUUUUUUAAAAGCUUUGAUCUUCUCACCAUCAGAUCUGAAAUCCUUGUCUGGAGUGUUGUCCCCAAGAGCUUUUUACCCUAAAAAACAACAAACCCAUCCUCAAACUGCAGGCACUGGUGACCCCCAGCCCUGCUCCUGGAGGUUUGGGCAGCCCCUGAAGUGCCCAAAAUUUUGUCUCUAAGAGACAAAGGGGCUGUGGGGUUGUGCCAGCCCAGGCCAGGAUGUCUCCAUGGCCUCUCCCCCGUGUAGUGGAUGUGUCCAGGUUAAUUAUGUUCAUGCAAUUGCAAAUUCUGUAUUGUUGUCCAUUAGAAGUGUACACUACUGAGAACUGGGCCUUGCUGAUAUGAAUAAAGUGAUUAAAAACUGGUCUUUACACACA